CAAUCCUCUUCCCUAUUGGAUCUUUCUAUCGUAUAUUCGUUUAUCAGGAAUGAGAGAUCUUCGUAAACUAUCAGCGUUAUGGAUGUUUGUAAUGUUAAAUGGUGCAGGUGGAUUGCUCGGUCGACUAAAAGUAACGAUGGGAGAUGAGAACCGUUAUUUCGUUCAAGUUAUUAUCCAAUAUCCUUACAAUUAAAACAAUUAUAAUUAACAACGUACCAAUAAUAUCGCGAUAUUUUUUAAAAUUUCAACGAAAAAAGGAAAGAUUGCCCUAUUUGACAGGGUGGAAUGACGCGAAUAACCGAAGAAUUAUUAAAAUAUAUACUUGCCGAAGAUGGUCAUAUAAUUUAUAAUGAAAUUGUUACAAAUAUUCAAUUCAACGACGAUAGAGCUUAUUGUUAUACUACACAAAAUUGUUUCAAAUGUGACAUCGUGGUGAUAGCAGUACCACCCCCGGAAAACUCUCAAAUUCGUAUCGAACCAUCUUUACCUGCAUACGUAUCUCAAUCCCAAACAUCAUUCCUACAUAGUGAUAACAUAUUUUUCAACGUAUUUUACAAGAAACCUUUUUGGAAAGAUAAGUAUAACGGCAAUGUUUUAGCCACAUUAGAAUCCAAUACUAUCUUAAAUAUCGCCUAUGAUGCAACCUGUAAUAACGCAAACAGAGGAAUUAUAGCUGGAUUUCUUAAUGAUACCAAUGUUGUAUCGAAUACAGCGAAAUUACAAUUGUUCGAAACGCUAAGUAAAUGUUUUCAAGAUGAGGAAGCGAAACGUUAUAUCAAUUACAAAGAACUUCAACGAUCUGCGAACGAAGAUAUUGUAAUUAAAUUAGAAAGUGGUUGGCCUAUGAGCAUUAUGCAACCAUCUCAUGUAUUUAAUCCUGUUGAUCAAAUAAAUGCAUCCAACGAUAGAAUUCUCUUCGCUGCUAGCGAAUAUGCUACAAAAUGGCCUGGAAUGAUAGAUGGUGCAAUCGAGAUUGGCGAAGUAACAGCGUGCCUGAUACUUUUAAAACUUAGACCACAAUCUUUAGAGACUGCUGACAUGGUAACUAUGUACGUUUUAAAUUUACCAAUUCAUUAUACAAUCACUACCUGA